AGCCAGUGUGCUCAAUGCACGAUGAUCAUACGCGAACGCAGGGGUAUAUAACGUAAUGUAGGUGGAUCUCGCGUGGCGGUAUUUAGCGCGUUUACCUGCCUUGCAAAAAAUAAUUCAGAAUAUCGGCGUCUUCCGGGGUUACUCACAGAAGAUGGAUCUACACAUAUUGGACCAUAGAUUAAGGGUGACAUGUAUAAGCAAACUCGGACUGGAGCAUUACACACACCCCUUGGUCAAACUGAUAUUUCUAAGAAACAGGACGAGAUGCAAAUUUUUCAGUCUGACCGAAACUCCGGAACAUUACACAGUUGUCCUUGAUGAAGAGGGAUUUAAAGAACUACAGCCAUCAGAUCACUUAAAGGUGGAGGGCUCCACUUGGCUCCCGCUCAACGUCGUCUCCAAUGGCAACGCCUCCAGUAGCUCGCAAGCUGUGGGUGUCACCAAGAUCGCGAAGUCCGUUAUCGCUCCAUUGGCCGAGCAGCAUGUAUCUGUCUUCAUGCUUUCCACAUACCAGACAGACUUUAUUCUGGUACGGGAGAAAGAUUUGUCAGUGGUGGUGGAGACUCUAGAGGCGGAGUUUAAUAUUUUCAGAGAGGAGGAGGGUGAGCCUGUGCCCGUCCACAGUCAGGACGCCUGGAACGGCAUCCAUCGGAACGGCAGGGAGGUUCCACAUGCAAUGGUUCAUCCCGUCUUGAUUCCGGAAAAUCAGUUCUGUGUAAUGAGUCUAGAUCCGGACACUCUGCCAGCGAUUGCCACCACCCUUAUAGACGUUCUGUUCUACUCUAACAGUCCAAAAGAGGGCGCCAGUGUCGAUCAGAACAUGGAAGGCAUCAAGUUCUUCUCCUUCUCUCUGAUUGAUGGAUACAUCUCCUUGGUGAUGGACACAGAAGCACAGAGACAAUUUCCUGCAGAUCUUCUCUUCACCAGCAGUUCUGGUGAGCUCUGGAGGAUGGUGAGGAUAGGAGGACAGCCUCUUGGAUUCGAUGAGUGUGGGAUAGUUGCUCAGAUCUCUCAACCCCUUGCAGACAGUGAUAUAUCGGCUUAUUACAUCAGUACCUUUAGUUUUGAUCAUGCUCUGGUGCCAGAAGAAGACAUUGUAAGUGUGACUGAGAUGCUUCAAGCUCAGAUGAAGGAUGUGUCCCACUGAAGCCCUUGUUAAAUGCAUCUUUAGGUUGAGGAGUGUUGAAAAAUUCCCAUACUGUGGAUGGUAGAUCUUUACUGAGCCACUAACACAGUAUUACACCCCCAAUUAGCUAGCCAUAACCACAGGGGUGCUACAAUUACCGAAUUUGUGAGCUUGGGGUGGUUUUUAUACAAAUGCCUACACUCAAACUGCGCUUUAGAAGAAACAUUGGUGAUCAUAUCCCAUUAGACAGAAUCCAAGUAUUGGAUGGUAUAUUAUAGGCUGAUUUGAAGGACAGUGACAUUGCAUAUAUCUUUGCAGAAGCCAGACUGUUUGCAGCACUUUUGUGAGUGAGUGAAUUAGAAGUUAUGAUGUGUGCCAUUUCAUUUGCUGCCUUUUAUUACUUUAAUGCAUUGGGAUAAUAAGCAAAUAUUGUUGAGACGUUUCGUCCUGAAAUAUGAAACUGGAAAAUCCCAAUUGGGGUUUAAAGGCUGCCAUUAUUUUAUAACUGUUGCAGUGCAAGAACUCAUACUAUUGUGAGUACUCUGCUCAGGCAAGUCUUCCAGUAUUGUCAGGUGUUUUUUGUUGUUGUUUUUUUUUUUUUUUACACUUAACCUUGUUUAAAGGGAUAGUUCUCCCCAAAAUGAAAAUUCUGUCACCUUCUACUCCCCUUUUUUCUUUAGUUCAUAGUAUGCAAAAGAAGAUGUUAGAUGUCCACUUAAGUUAUUCAUUUUCAUUGCAUUUUGUUCCAAACAAUAAAAGAAAGAAAGACCUAUUGGUUUUGGAACAACAUGAGGGUGAGUAAAUGAUGACUGAAUUUUCAUUUUUGGGCUCACUAUCCCUUUAAGAGCAAGGAACAUGUUGUGUCAUUUGAAUAUUGCACAUAAAUAAAUAGUUACUGAUGGUGACCUGAAUAUCUAAAUUGCACUGUUAUGAGUGAUUAGCCACAAGUGUUUACAACCAAGUUUUUCAAAUGAAAUUUUCCAUAAAGAAAAUGAAUCCUGGUUCCGUAUUGGUCAGGACCAUUAAGUGUUUUUACACUGGCAUUGUUUUCAUGACUGUUAAGUCAUUCUCAUUACCAUAAUUCUUGUAAUGCAGUAAAAUGUUUUAUUGCUGUAGUGAGAAUUAAAUUUGACAAUAAUUCUCACCAUUUUGUUAAAUGUUAAUUACAAUAAUGUGAACUGGGGAAAAAAAUCAAAAGUAAAAUGUUUGGAAGCCUUUCAAUUUGACAGCAAAUUUGGGGGGAAUAUGCUUAAUUGUUAUGAUGAAAAAAUGUCACUAUGCAAAAAAAAUAAAUAAAUAAAAAAUCUUUAUAAACUGAUCUCAUCUUCAAAAAAUGGAUACCAUAAUGUAAGUGAAAUCAGCAUUGAUUUGUCUUUCAUUUGGCCCACAAAUCAAUUCAAAAACGUUCAUCUCUUUGAAAUCACUUUGUAGCUGAAAUUUUUUGGAAAUAAAGAAAAUCCUCUUGCACAGCUGUCUGUUUUAAUGACAGCACAUUUGACUAUGCUCGUUACAUUUCUGCCUUCACUGCCUCUAAAAGAGGCUCGGCAUCAGUGUGGCCUUAUCUCCUAAUAUUGGUUUUAUCCCAGAGCAGGCUGUUAUUUUGGAACUAAUUUUGUUCACUACAAAAGAACCAUGCUCAAAGGAGUGCGAUAUGACCAUAUGUAUAUGCAAAUAUGGAAAUAUUUGUAUUGAAGCAAUUGUUUAGGACAUUUAUCCUCAUUAUGUGACUUUGAUUAUUACAGGAGCCCCAAAAAUGGGUUUUAAAAUGACCUAUGGAGAACUUUCUCAUUUUAGCCCAUUCCACCCCAUAAAGUUCUAUCAUUUACAUUUAAUAUUAGCAAAUGCAUUGGGUAUAAUGAACUAACAAUGAAGAAUAUUUUUAGCAGCAUUUAUUAAUCUUGGUUAAUGUUAAUUGAUAAAACACAUUUGUUCAUCGAUAGCUCGUGUGUGUGUGUGUGUGUGUGUGUGUGUGUGUGUGUGUGUGUGUGUGUGUGUGUGUGUGUGUGUGUGUGUGUGUGUGUGUGUGUGUGUGUGUGUGUGUGUGUGUGUGUGUGUGUGUGUGUGUGUGUGUGUGUGUGUGUGUGUGUGUGUGUGUGUGUGUGUGUGUGUGUGUGUAUCACUUUGUGGGGACCAAAUGUCCCCAUAAGGAUAGUAACACCUGAAAUUUUUGACCUUGUGGGGACAUUUUGUCGGUCCCCAUGAGGAAAACAGCUUAUAAAUCAUACUAAAUUAUGUUUUUUGAAAAUGUAAAAAUGCAGAAUGUUUUCUGUGAGGGUUAGGUUUAGGGGUAGGGUUAGGUUUAGGGGAUAGAAUAUAAAGUUUGUACAGUAUAAAAACCAUUAUGUCUAUGGAAAGUCUGCAUAAAACAUGGAAACACUACUGUGUGUGUGUGUGUGUGUGUGUGUGUGUGUGUGUGUGUGUGU